CGUUGCAUUUUAACACUUAACAGAAACCGGCGGGAGGUCUUGGACGUUUUCUCAACAAUUGGAGGAAUACAGUCUGUUUUAAUUUUAUGAACUGUGUUUCAGCUCCAUAAUGCGGUCAAGGAUAAGGACCACCAAUAGAGGGGUGACGGUGGAAGCGUUGCAAGAUGCUGCCAGGGAUGUUGACGGCGGCCUCUCUAUUCGGUCGGUGGCCAAGACGCACGGCAUCUGCCAUACGACUCUCCAAAGAUUCAUCGUUAAACGCAAAAAGCUGCGAGAGUCCGGCAGCGACCAGUUACCCACCAUGGGGUACUCAUCACACAAAAAAGUGUUCACAGAUGCCCAGGAGAGGGAGUUGCUCGAUUACUUGAAGGCGGCUUCCGACAUGUCCUUCGGGCUUUGCCCACAAGAGGUGCGGAAGCUUGCAUAUCAAUGUGCAGUAGCUUUCUCGUGCUCAUUCCCAGACACAUGGAGAGAGACAGAAAUGGCUGGGAAAGAAUGGUUCACUUCAUUCCAUAAAAGGAACCCCUCUUUAUCAUUAAUCAGGAAACCCCAGACAACCAGCAGCCUGGCCCAGGCAACCACCAGCAGCCUGCCCAAGGCACCUAGCCUGCCCAAGGCACCUAGUCUGCCCAAGGCAACCAGCCUGACGAAGGCUUCCAGCGUGGCAAAGCCAAAGGCCUCCAGCUUGUAUAGCAACAAUGUGACAAAAUUCUUUGAAAAUCUGCAAGCUGCCUACAUCGAGCAUCAUUUUGAGGCACACGACGUGUGGAACAUGGGCGAGACAGGGGUGACAACAGUGCAAGCUCCAAAGAAAGUGGUUGGGCCGAGAGGGAAACGUCAGAGUGGUGGUGCAACGACACCGGGAAAGAUGGGGCCCUUGGGAGGCCUUGUGACGGUGGCCGUGGCUGUCAACGCCAUAGGGAACGCCAUCCCCGCCUUCUUCAUUUUCCCAAGGAAGCGCUACCAGCCCCAUUUCGUGAGAGACGGCCCGGUCGGGUGUGUUGGAGCGGGGAACAGCAGCGGGUUAAUGGAGGACGGGGAGUUCCUAGCCUUUUUGAAACACUUCAGCAAACAUGCCAAGCCAUCCCCGGCCUCCAAGGUCCUACUAGUCCUGGACAGCCACAGCUCCCAUGUAUCAGUGGGCGCCAUAGACUACUGCAAGACAAAUGGCAUCGUGAUGCUCACACUGCCUGCCCGUUGCUCCCGCGAGCUGCAACCCCUCCACAGGAGCGUGGUCGGCUCCUUCAAGGAAAGGGUUGAUGCCGAAUUCGACUCCUGGAUGCAAUCUCACCCAAAUGAAACUGCUACCAUAUACCAUUUACCAUCGAUGGUAGCGAAAGCCCUGCCGCAUGCUGCAACCCCUGUCAACAUCAUGGCGGGAUUCAGGGAGACGGGGAUCUGGCCGUAUGACGCCAGCAUGGUCAUUGCCACUGACUUGGCUGGAUCAUCAUGUUCCGAUGAGGCUGAUCCUCAGAGACCCGAAUCUGGUCCUGAUGGUGCCAUUGACCCUGAUGAAUCUCAGCCUAACAUGAUCUCUUCCAACGCUGAGAUGGUUGUAGUCGUCCAGCAGCAGCCGACCCCCACACCAGCAGAGGUGUUCUUCAGGUGUUAUGUGGACGAAUGACCACAUAAUUGAACAGCAACCUCAUCAUUACUGAUAGAAAAAAUAGACAAAGUUUUCCAGACAAUAUGUUAUCUAGGUGUUCUUUAAAGUUUAGGUGUUGCGUGAAAGAUUGACCAAAUCGUUCAACAUCAACUCAUCAUUACUGAUUAAAAAAAAAUAAACAAAGUUUUGCAGACGA